GAACUUUAUUCAUCGAGUAUGUGUUACCUUACUGGAUCUAUUUUGUAAUGGUUUUAAGAGGUUUGUAAAAUAUUCACUUUUUGAAGAACAUCAUGACAUACAGUUAACAAAUUAGGGAGAGGUAUAUACAGAACGUUGAGUCAAGUGCUGAACAUAUCAUUGAAAAGAUCACCUACAACCAGCAGUUAUAUGUUAUCGUUGAAGUUGAGCAGACAGAGGAAUUAGGAAUUAAAAUUACAUGAAUUGAAUGUAAGGUUUGUUAAAAUUCACCCACUUCAGUAAUCCAAGACAAUUUAUAAACCCAUUCGCAUAAAAUAAUAUACUUGCAAUUGUUAGCAAAAUACUGAUCAGAGAUUUGAUAAUUUUGAAUAGUCAAACUCACGAAAACUUCCUUAAUCAGUGGAAAGUAAGUUAUGUUUGUCUUUAGUCGCUACAAAAGGACUCAAACAGAUCAUAAGGAGAACUUUUCAUCUACCAAAUGUAUUCCUGCCUAGCGUUUAUAUACAAACUGAAAGUCUUCCCUCACGUUUCCACACAAAGAAACUGAUUCUUUCAUUAGAAAUAGGAAGAAAAAACAUCCGUGGAAAUCAGCAAUCAAGGAAAUAAUAUACAUUGUUAUUUAAGGCACCUGAACACUAAAUAUCUUUAACCAACUACAGUCAGUCGAAUACUACACUUUGUUAAGUCAACAUGCACUUACAACACAGUACCUGUACGCUUCUGUGUUUGACCAUUUGCAAUGUGGUCAUCAUCAUUGGACAAUGUAGCGCAAGGGACACUGUUGACAAUGCGAGUACAUGCCGCAUUGGAAUUUUGAAGGAAAUGAUGGAAAACGCAACGAUAUCGGCGAUAGAGAAAUACUUUGCUCGAACCCAAACCACAACGUCCUCUCCUGUUGCGUCACUUCCCCGCGAUUGCCUAGACGUGUUGGGUGAGGGAAAGAUUGUCUCAGACCUAUAUCCUGUUUACCCUGACGGAACGGAAACGAACGGGUUUGACGUCCGAUGCGACAUGGACACAGGCGCAGGUGGGUGGACUUUAAUUCAACGCAGGGUGUCUGACACGGAUUUUUACAAAUCAUGGAAUGAGUACAAAGAAGGAUUUGGUGACUUACAUACCAAUUUCUGGCUAGGAAAUGAUAACAUUGUCGCCUUAUGUCGAAGUGUGUCGUGUGAGUUAAGAAUUGAUAUGCAAAUUGGCGACUCAAGGCGCUAUGCAGAAUACGGCUAUUUUGCAAUGGAAGAUGAAGACAGAAACUACAAGCUCCAUGUCAGUGAAUACACAGGAACAGCAGGGAAUGCGUUUGCAUCUCGUCAAAAUAAUCAAAACUUCAGCACAUACGACCGAGACAACGAUGCUUACAGUGGCAACUGUGCACAGCUAUAUCACGGAGCAUGGUGGUACGACGCCUGCCACGUCUCCAACCUCAACGGUGACUAUGGGAACACGGCAUACGCUAAAGGUCUAACUUGGAAUCCUUGGACCGGCUACUACGCCUCGCUAUCAAUGACUGAAAUGAAAGUUCGCCGGGUUCCAGAAAAAUAAUGUAAAUAAUUGCACCGAUGAGGAGACGCGCUGUAUUAACAAACUUUUAUAUUUUUCUUAACACAAUACCAAUUUUGAAUAAAAUAAUUGAUAUAAAGUGUGUUUAAAUUGUUGUUUUGAUCGUUAAGUCAAGUGUUUUGUUUCUUAUAAUCAUCAUCAUUAUAAUAAUCAUAAUACUAAUGAUUGUAUUUGAAAUACUUACCAAUUGAAAUAUUACUUCAUGAACAUAAUUAGAAUAUUGUUCAUAUUAUUAAUUAAACUCAUUGACACAAGUUAAAAUAUGAAAUAUAUACUUCCAAAGAGCUAGUUUUAGUAUUAUAUUAUGUUAAACACUAUCUUACAAAAUAUGCAGUUUGUUGUUAAGUGUGUGUUUCCGAUAUAUAAUAAUUGUAUGUUUAUAACAAGUACAAAUUACAUGUAUAACACAUUGAUAAAUUAUUAAAGAUUUUGUAUAAAUACUAAUGUAAGUACAAGCUUCCUUUAAGACAUGUAUGACAUUUUAGUAUAAUUUAAUAACGUUGUAUGAAAUUAUGGAUGGAACUAUGCUUAUUUUAAUACCAUGUUACAUAUUUAAUUAAAAGGUGAGUGGGUAGA